AUGGCUGAAAAAAUCCUGAGCAACAAAGAUCCUAAGCUAGAAGCCAUGACAGUAGACCACAAAGUUCCGGCACCAAAGGAAAUCACUGUGGAUGAACCCACGCUGACUAGAGUUGCUAGACCGCUAAGACAUGUAAGACAUAUUCCUGUUAAAUCAUUGGUUUUCCAUUCCAAGAAUGGACCCCUUACAUUUUCAUACGAGAACAAAAUAAAGCUGCCUAUAAAUAAGAAUAAACUAGUGGUACAAGUGAAUUAUGCAGGUUUGAACCCUGUAGACAUGAAAAUUAAGAAUGGUUACACUAAACCUUUAUAUGGCGAAGCCGGUAUUGGAAGGGAAUACAGUGGGGUGGUGACCCAUGUUGGUGAUAAUUUGAAAGAUAUAUGGAGCAUUGGAGACGAUGUAUACGGCAUUUAUUAUCAUCCCAGGUUGGCCGUUGGAACACUACAAAGUUCAGUACUCAUUGAUCCCCGUGUAGAUCCUAUUUUGAUGAGGCCUGAACAUACUUUAUCACCGGAAAAAGCCGCUGGUUCCUUAUUUUGCUUAGGGACAGCUUUUAAUAUAUUAGCUCAACUAAAGGAGAAGGGCCAAUUGGAUGUUGAAUCUAAUGUCUUAAUUAAUGGUGGGACAAGCUCAGUAGGUAUGUUUGCCAUCCAGUUAUUGAAGCGGUACUAUAAACUUUCCAAAAAAUUAGUGGUUGUGACCUCAGGUAAUGGUUCAGCAGUUUUAUCAGAACAUUUCGGUGAUUUAAAGGAUCAAAUGAUUUUCAUAAAUUAUUUAUCCUGCAGGGGAAAAUCUAGUAAACCCCUUAGAAAUAUGCUAGAAACUGGUAAAGUUGUCGAUUACAAUGACUUCAAUACCCUUAAAGAAACUGAAUAUUAUACACAAGGCAAAUUUAACGUUGUAUUGGAUUUCAUCGGCGGUUAUGAUAUCUUGAGUCAUUCAAGUUCUUUAAUUCACACUAAAGGUGCAUAUAUCACCACCGUUGGUGACUAUGUUGGAAAUUACAAAAAAGACGUCUUUGAUUCUUGGGACAAUCCUAGUGCCAAUGCAAGAAAGAUGUUUGGCUCGAUGUUAUGGUCAUAUGAUUACGCUCAUUUUUAUUUCGACCCAAACAUUAAGAUUAUUUCGAAAAAAAAUGAUUGGAUACAUGAAUGUGGCAAAUUGCUAAAUGAGGGAGUCGUAGAUUGUAUUGUCUGUCAGGUUUACUCUUGGAAAGAUCUUAAAGAAGCGUUUUCUUACAUGGCCACUCAACGUGCCCAAGGCAAGAUUAUAAUCAAAGUCGAAGGUUUUUGA